AUGUCGUCCAACGCUGUGAUCGAAUCGGGCAGUGAUAAAGAUGCCAAGGAUGUCACUGAGCAGAGCAUCGAGCAGUCUAAGCCUGUAUCUCGGUUUACGCGAUGGUAUCGCAGUCCUUUAUUCAAUGUCAUAAUCGUUGGUUUAAUCUCCUUCACUCAACCAGGAAUCUGGAAUGCCCUCAACAAUACUGGCGCUGGUGGUCAGCAGGAGCCAUACCUUGUCAAUGGCGCCAACUCGCUCACUUUUGGCAUCAUGGUUUUCGGGUGUUCCAUCUUCAGUAUCCUGGCCAAUAAGAUCGGUCUGAAAUGGGUUCUUGUUAUCGGCACCCUUGGAUAUGCACCGUAUUCUGCGGCGCUUUACACCAAUAACAGAUAUGGUGUUGAGUGGUUUGUUCUGUUUGGUGGUGCUACCUGCGGUAUUGCUGCUUCUGCGCUUUGGGCUUCGGAGGGUGCUAUCGCUUUGGGAUAUGGUGAUGUCAAGGAUCGUGGAAAGUUCACUGGAAUUUGGCUUGGGCUUCGUGAGCUUGGUCAACUCAUUGGCUCUUCCAUUCAGCUCUCACUCAACGUCGAGUCUGGAAAGAGGGGCCGUGUUGGAUACACCACUUAUCUCGUCCUCAUCGCUCUUCAAUGCCUCGGUCUUCCUCUCGCCCUUCUCAUCUCACCUCCCAACAAAGUCAUACGGCCCGAUGGCUCCAAGCUACCUCACACUCAAACCAACAAGAGCAUCAAGGAACAGUGCAGACGAUGGGGCGCUCUCAUCAAGCGCAAGCAAUUCUUCCUCUUGAUUCCUAUUCUCGUUGGCUUCAACUGGAACAGUACUUAUCUGGGCAUUUAUCUCGUCAACUACUUUUCCGUCCGAGCUCGUGCUUUGGCUUCACUGACUUCGGGCAUUGCUGCUACCGGCGCCAAUAUCUUCUGGGGCUGGUUCUUUGAUCUCAAGUAUUUCAGCCGACCUCAACUUGCCAGAAUUACUUGGGUGUUCUUGGCUGUUACCAUGACUGCUCUGUUUGGUUGGCAGUUUGCUAUGGAGCUGGAGUAUCGUAGCGCCAACCCUGCUGUCACUCUCGACUGGGACCUCCCUGGCUUCGGUCGUGGAUUUGCUGUGCAAGUUCUUCUUCGAUUCAUGAACGAAUCUCAUUACAUGUUUGUGUACUGGAUCAUUGGAACUUUCUUCGAGGACGUAGAGACCCUGACUCUCGCUGUUGGCUUGGUCCGAUCUUUCGAAUCUCUUGGUUCAUGCUUGGCAUUUGGUGUCGGUGCUGCAAAGGUUCCAUCUCUCACCAACCUCAUCGUUGCCUUUGUCAUGUUCUGCAUUUCUCUCCCUUCGACAUCCUUUGCCGUUUUCCUUGUCCCUGAGCGCCCGGCAAAUCAUGUGCUUGACAAGGAUAACGAGUCUGAGGAAUAG